AUGGCUGCCAUAUCACCCUCCACUACCACAACCCAUGUCACUCACCAUACGAAGCUUCCAUGGCUGCCUUCCAUGGCUGCCAUACCACCCUCCACUACCACAACCCAUGCCACUCACCAUAUGAAGCUUCCAUGGUUGCCACUCACCAUACGAAGCUCCCAUGGCUGCCUAUCACCACCCACACUACUCGUCGUACAGAGCUUGCAUGACUGCCCUCAACAGCUGCGAGACCACCCUCCACUACCCCCACAACAACCACCACACCACCUUGAAUUUUCGUCUGCCACCGAGGAUCGCCUUGAGGCUGUCUUAGCCAAACUUACCCUCAGCCAACACAACCUGGCCGCUUUCAUCGACACCUUGGCCACCACCAUCGACAACCUUCUUCAGCGACUACCUCGCAAUCCCACUCCACAUUUUUCAUCUUCCAUUCCGGCGCAGGCAUCGAUACCAGCCGCCAUCAUAUCGACUCCGCUCAUGCCAACUCCGUCGCAGACGCUGCCGUCGCCUCCGCCGCCACCUCUGUCGUUGCCUUCGCUGCUCAAGCCAACUCCAUCACCCACGCUUACCACAUUCACGACUGUGCCACCUCCGCCAGCCAUGAUGCCUUCUCCACCACUUCUGCCUUUGGUACCCAUACAGUCGCGGCCCACAACCUAG